AGUCGGCGCCGCCCGGAGCCGCGAGCGCGGCCGGAGCGAGGCGCGGGCUGUGGGGCCGUCGCGUGCCCGGCCCCGCUUGCCCGUGCCCGCCGCUCUCCCGCCAUGCCCGGCUUCGACUACAAGUUCCUGGAGAAGCCCAAGCGGCGGCUGCUGUGCCCGCUGUGCGGGAAACCCAUGCGCGAGCCCGUGCAGGUUUCUACCUGUGGCCACCGCUUCUGCGACACCUGCCUGCAGGAGUUCCUCAGUGAAGGAGUCUUCAAAUGCCCUGAGGACCAACUUCCCCUGGACUAUGCCAAGAUCUACCCAGACCCAGAGCUGGAGGUCCAGGUGCUAGGCCUGCCCAUCCGCUGCAUCCACAGUGAGGAGGGUUGCCGCUGGAGUGGGCCACUUCGUCAUUUACAGGGACACCUGAAUACCUGCAGCUUCAAUGUAGUUCCCUGCCCCAAUCGCUGUCCUGCCAAGCUGAGUCGCCGUGAUCUGCCUGCACAUUUGCAACACGACUGCCCAAAGCGGCGCCUCAAGUGCGAGUUCUGUGGCUGUGACUUCAGUGGGGAAGCCUAUGAGAGCCAUGAGGGUAUGUGCCCCCAAGAGAGUGUGUACUGUGAGAACAAGUGUGGUGCCCGCAUGAUGCGGCGACUACUGGCCCAGCAUGCCACUUCUGAGUGCCCCAAGCGCACCCAGCCUUGUACCUAUUGCACAAAGGAAUUUGUCUUUGACACCAUCCAGAGUCACCAGUACCAGUGCCCAAGGCUGCCUGUGCCCUGCCCUAACCAGUGUGGCGUGGGCACUGUGGCUCGGGAGGAUCUGCCAAAUCAUCUGAAGGACAGCUGUAGCACUGCCUUGGUGCUAUGCCCAUUCAAAGACUCCGGUUGCAAGCACAGGUGCCCUAAGCUGGCAAUGGCGCGGCACGUGGAGGAGAGUGUGAAGCCACAUCUGGCUAUGAUGUGUGCCCUGGUGAGCCGGCAGCGGCAGGAGUUGCAGGAGCUGCGUCGAGAACUGGAGGAACUAUCAGUAGGCAGUGAUGGCGUGCUCAUCUGGAAGAUUGGCAGCUAUGGGCGGCGGCUACAAGAGGCCAAGGCCAAGCCCAACCUCGAGUGCUUCAGCCCAGCCUUCUAUACACAUAAGUAUGGUUACAAGCUACAGGUGUCUGCAUUCCUUAAUGGCAAUGGCAGUGGUGAGGGUACACAUCUCUCUCUGUACAUUCGUGUGCUACCAGGCGCCUUUGACAAUCUCCUUGAGUGGCCCUUUGCCCGUCGUGUCACUUUCUCCCUGCUGGAUCAGAGCGACCCAGGGCUUGCUAAGCCACAGCAUGUCACUGAGACUUUCCACCCUGACCCAAACUGGAAAAACUUCCAAAAGCCAGGCACUUGGCGAGGCUCCUUGGAUGAGAGUUCUCUGGGUUUUGGAUACCCCAAGUUCAUCUCCCACCAGGAUAUCCGAAAGCGAAACUACGUGCGAGAUGAUGCAGUCUUCAUCCGUGCCUCUGUUGAACUGCCCCGGAAGAUCCUCAGCUGAGUGCAGAGCUGGCAGGCUCAAGGGGAGAAGGGGGCAUGGAUGGGACAUGAUUUAUCAGGCACUGGUUGAACCUGGAGAGGGGGCGGGACCUCCUUUCAGCUGCUUAUGCUGCCUGGGUUGUUACCCUGUUUUCCCCCUACCACUACCACCCUCAGGUGCCUCCAAUUGGUGCUUCAGCCCUGGCCCCUGCGGGGAGCAGGUCUCUGGGUUAUCAAGGGCUGGAAACAAGUGAUCCCAGGGCCUGUCUCCCCUCCUGGGCAGGGCAGGUAUGCCUUGGUGCCAACCACAUUCUACCUGGACUGAGGUACCUGCUCAGGUGCUUUGUCCCAAGAGCCAUAGGGGGAGGGAUUGGGAAAAGGAGGGGUAGUUAAAAAAAAAAAAAUCUGUCUUGAGAUUUGAUUUUUCUUUCCCCAGCUGUGUCCCUUCUGGUUAUUUAUUUCCUUAGCACCAGGAAGGCACAACAGGGGAGCCCUGAUUUUUAAUAAAUCCUGAAUUGUAUUUAUUAACUUGGUUCCAGCCUGUCUCCUCCGAGUUAGUUAAGUCCCUGGGAGGUUGGGGCUAACUAUGCAAAGGACCACUGAGAGAAGUGCUGCCACUAUGACCCCAAGAUCAGCUGCCCUGCUGAGUCGCCCUCUGGUGGGCACCAGGGGGGACCACAGCAGACUUUGGAAAAGACUUGUUGCUGCCUCCUGGUGGUUAAAUGGGAAAGGUGCAGGAUAAGGCUGGAAUCCCCAGUUCUUUACUCACCAAAAAUCAAAUGCUGUGUCAUAAGCCCCACCCCCAGCCCUCUGGUACUGGGGAUUGAACCCAGGGGCACUCUGUUAAUGAGCUACAUGCCCAACCCUUUUUUAUUCAGAGGGGUCUCAGUUGCUGAGGCUGGCCUUGAACUGUGAUCCUCUGCCUCCUGAGUUGUAUCAUCAAGCCUGUCUCCUGAUGACAACUGUCAUUCAUUUAGUACUUUCUGGUUACAGACACUGCCAUGAACUUGAUGCAAGAUAUUUCUUUCCAUGUAGCAGUCAAGUUAAAUUAACUUUUACAUCAUAGUAAAAGGACCUGUCUAAGUGGGUCUUAUUGAAGUUAAUGAGACAAUACAUGUUCCUGACAUUUAUUCUAAGUGCUUAACAAAUGUUAACCUAACCGAAGCCAGCCUAUACCUGGGGACUGACUAGAGGUGUCUUCAAGAUGUACAAGGCAAGCUAGGUUUGUGGCUCAGUGGUAGAGCGCGUGUGUGAGACACUGGGUUUGAUCCUCGGCAACAAAGAAAACAAAGGUCUACAACUAAAAGAAAAAAGAGAUACAAGGCACUUGAACCUUUUUGUCCAUCCUUCAUAUAGGCCUCAGUGGCCACCUGCAGUCACCCAUACUUUACCAGCUAGGAACAUUAGUGAAUUAUCAGUACUCUUUCAGCUGGUCUAGGACAGGGCUGAAUUUCUUUUUUCCCCCUGGUGCUGAGUAUCCUUGUUCAUGCUACCCAUAUGCUCUACUGAGCUACAACUCCAGCCCCAAGAUUCUUUUAAAACUCCAGAAAUAUAGCUCCAAUUCUGGCAAUACACUUGGGCUUGCAUUUGGCAAGUUUCUUAGCUACAUGGGGAUUAAUUCUGCUCAAUUCUAGAUUUUGUUGAAAUGAUUAAAUGAACUAAUCAAAA